AAAGGAGAGCAGUCAUUGAUAAUAUCAAUCACAGAUCAAAUUGAAAACAGAAGCAUAUAUAUUAUUUAACAAGCUGUUUAGUCAAAGCAAAUGCAUUAAGCAUAACAUAUCUGUCUACAAUAAGGUGAGGGAGUUUGCAUAUGCUGAUAAAGAUGAAAAGUCAAUAUAAAUGAAAUACUGCACAAUUAUGUACACCUUGGUUUUGAAUAUUUUACCUUCUGGUAAAUCAGAACUGAGCCAUUUUGUAAAGUCUUUUAUGAGUUGGAGUUUACUUAGGGAGGGAUCUUAAGUAAUUCCUCUAUACAGAAUCCAUCAAGACCCUUGUUACUCUUCUACUCUUAUGGUAUUUCCCUCCAGGCCGUGAGUCCAGAUAAUAACAUGGCCAUUGCAAAAUAUUGGUUCUGUGGCCAAUUUACCAUUUCAGUUAUUUUCUGAUCAGGUAUUCUCAUUUUGCUCUAUUUUAACAUCAUCCAAGUAAUGUAAAUGCCUGGAGUUUGUUAAACAAGCGUUGAUAAACUGAUUUGGAACUAGAACCUUUGUCUAAUUACAUGAAAACUGAGCUCUUUGGAAAUAACAUAAGUAACCUUGUGUUACUGGAAUGCCAAGGGGUUCUGAGACUCACUUUGAGGGAAUGGACCCACUCCAAGAACCUCCAGUCUACCUGUAUACCCAGCCCAACCCUAGACUCCAUGGAGCCUAAAGCUAUGCCAAACUCUCCUCUGAUUGGGUUAUUGGGUAGCUGAGUGCUUUGACAGACUCUCCUCUAACAGGAGUGUGGCAGUGGGCCAGGAGCAAUAAUUCCAAGGGAGACUGGGACCAUUGGCCAGGUGCCAGGAAAACAUGUUCCUAAGUGUCUCUUAAAAGACAAGCCCAGAGGGACUCAGCCUCAACUCUGACUGGGUUCCAGUUCCCAAAGGACCCUGCUGCUGGGGGUCUUUCACUGGACUUGUCCCCCAGGACUCUCAUUUGGCUCUUUGGGGACAUAUAGAUCCCAGCUAUUUACUCUUUGAUUUGAUUUACACCACCCGGUUAAAAAGGUGAAAACAUGCUGGAUUCCUUAUUUACAGUUUUCCCAAAUUUUCACCAGAUGGGCUAAUAUAUGUACUGUAUGGAUAACUUUGAGAGUGACAGAUUCAACAAAAGAUAUUACCUAGAACUGAACUAGGUCCAACAAAUUUGAAAUUAAGAUGGAUUUGGACUGUACUUUUCUCAGUGUUGUUUCUCAAGUGCCUUUUAUGUACAUUAUAUGUUUUGGAUAUUCUACUACCACCUACCUGAUGGUUAGAUUGUUAAAGCUUCUGCAGUCUGUUGCAGCAUGUUGCAUACCCUAUGUCAAAAAGCCCUGCUGUUCAUCCUUAGGGGAUAUAAUAUUCAUCUGCCCUUCACAGGCAAUGUCCGGGGAAUGAUUUAUGAGCAAAGCUUCAGUUAAGCGGUACAAUCUCCAAAAACGACGUCUCGAUAGCACAACACUUGAAGAUAAAAUGGGGAUCAGUCCUUGCCAGGCAAUUUAACAGCUUUAGCAAAAGAGGCAAAGUGCACCUUUGCUGUGAAGCAAAAAAAAAAAGCUGACAGACAUCCAUCCAGUACCAAAGCAAUGCAAGUCAAGAGAGGCUGAGUCUCUGCAAAGAUAUCAGUCCCUGGUCGCCUGGGGGCCAGUAGUAUCACUCCCAACUCAUCUGAGGGAGCAGAGUGCCUGUUGGGCAGACGCUGACCUACGUGUGAGCCCACCUGCAUGCCUUGACUUGAGUCUCCUCCCCAGCUAAAGGCAGCCUGGUAGGCCAACUGACAGGGCCCUAGUGUAUAUAAACCCUGGGAGACUGGCAGUCCAUCUGUGGCUUCAGCACUUCAGUUUUUGGACACCCCAGCUUUGAGGCUGCUGCUCACAUGGCGGAGACUAACUUGAGAAUCAGUGGGGGGGCGGUGAGGUUUGGUGCCACCUACGGGGGCAACAGGCUCUUCUCCAAGGGCAGAAGCAGCGGAGGUGGUGGCCACGCAGCGUCUGUAAUGGCCCUCUCCAGGUCUUUUGGAGGUGGUGGCGGUGGAGCAGGGCUCGCAAUGAGAGGAGGGCUUGGAAUGGGGCUGGGAAUGGGGGGGGGGCUGGGUAUGGGUGGAGGAGGUGGGGGAGGUUUUGGGAUGGGCAUGGGUGGACGUGCCCUGGCUCUUGGUGGAGGCGGUGGAGGCGGUGGGGCAGCAGGGUUCAGAGCCAGCGUGGCCCCACUUAGGGCUCGAUUAGGGGGCCGCGUCUUCAAGAUCGGGAGUUACGGCUUCAACCCGUCCUUCCUGAGCUCCACUGCCCCAGUGGGUGGUGAUGGGAGUGGUGUCGGCCCUGUUCCCAGCAUCGACCCCUCGCUCCCCUCCCUCGACACAGUCCAGGUCACCCGCCUAAAGGAGAAGGAGGAGCUGCAGACCCUCAAUGACAAGUUUGCCACCUUCAUUGACAAGGCCCGUUCUCUGGAGCAGACAAAUGCUGUGCUGAGAGCCAAGAUCUCCAUGUUCACCAACCCAGAGCAGGGUGGCCCUGCUAGCACCUCCAUCCUGCUCACCUCUGCCAUCGGCACAUACAAGACCCAGAUCGAUGGCCUGUCUGCCACCAAGGAGGCCAUUAUCACCGAGAUUGAGCACUACAAGAGCAUCAUCGACGACGUCCAGGGCAGACUUGAGGAAGAGACAUCCCAAACCAAGUCAUUAGAACUGGACUGGACCACAUUAAAAGAGGAGGUGGAUCAUCUCUACUUGAACAUUUUCGAGCUUCAAACCAACACUGCCCGACUGGAAGAUCAGAUCUGUCUCUCAAAGCAAGUGUAUGAUGCUAAAGUGAAAGAGGUGAGGAACAUUGUAACUGGAAGCGUGAGGUCAGCCUUCUCCAUCUCCGUGGACAAUGCGGCCCAAGCUCAGGAUCUGACGACUGCCCUUUCAGAAGUCAAGGACCACUACGAAGCCCUAGCCCAACGCAGCAAACAAGAUGCCCUGGUUUCUGUGCAGGACAGUCUCUCCAUGAUGUCCAUGACCUCCCAACCCAGUACUCAGUCUCUGACCCAAACCAAAGAGGAGUUACGCAUGUACAAACUCCAGAUUGACUCAGUACAGAGGGAGAUUGAUCGGCUCAAGACCCUGAACAUCCAGCUGGAGUCCCAGGUGGAUGAAGCGGAGUCCCAGUCCAGCUCUCACCUGGAGACCUAUCAGGAACAGGUGCUAACCCUCAAGUCACAGCUUGAUGAUAUCAGAAAGCAAAUAACCCACUAUGGUCAAGAGUACCAGGAACUGCUGGCCAGCAAAAUGUCUCUGGAUGUGGAGAUCACUGCAUACAAAAAGCUCUUGGAUAGUGAGGAGACCAGACUGAAAUCAGGAGGAGGGGUGACUGUACACAUGUCUAAGACAGCCAUUGGGGGAGGAGGGGCAGGGCUUACCCUGGGGGGAGGAGGAGGGGCAGGGCUUGCCCUAGGAGGAGGCGGCGGCGGUGGUUAUGGGUUGGGCUUGGGUGGAGGCGGCCUGGGCAGUGGCAUUGGAGGCGGAAUGGGCAGUGGCUUUGGAGGCGGCUUUGGAGGCAGCCUGGGAGGCGGCUUUGGAUACGGAGGUGGAUUUGGAGGAGGGCUGGGCAGUGGAAGCAGCAGCAGCUACAUGUCCUCCAGCCUGAACAGCAGCUCAGUGUUCUGAUGAUAAAAGGGACAGACCAGAGACCUUCCAUCUGCCUACAGAGACCCAGCUCCAAAAGGCAGAGAUGAAACCCUGUAUCACAGAAUUACAACAGAU